CUUUAAAUCUUAUAACGUGUGCAUUGCAAAAUAAUCAAAGCCAAAACAAUUUUCACUUCCUUACACAUAAUAGCUACAUUCACUUCUCAUUUUUCUCAUACAAACUAAACUCCAUAACAAAAAAAAAUGGAAAAUGAGUCUCUAUUGUCUAAGCCAACUUAUGGUGGCAUCAAGAGGUACAUGAGGCGGCGGCGCUACCACCGCCUCGACGAAAACGGCGGAACUAAGACGGCGAAGACAGUUUGGUUGACUGGGCCGCCACGGCCGCGGCGGCGUUGGAGGAUCAAGGCAAUAAGAAGGCUAACAUGGGUGGCUAUUAGGUCACCAUUGAAGAUGUGGACAAAGAUCAAGAAUGCUUACAUGAAUUUCAUGUUGAGUUCCAUGAACAUUGAUAACCCUUUUGGUGAGAAAAGGAUUCCAAAGACUCAUGCAUUGCCAAAGGGUUAUUCACGUGAAGAAUUUGAAGCUAGGCUCAUUUUUGAGAUCUCCAAAGCCUUGGUUGCUUCUAAUGAACUAUACACCAAAAAAAGUCCCCUUCUGCAUCAAAAUGAGGAGAUGUUGACAGACAGCUUGCAUGAAUCAUGGUUGAACAAGUGGUUGUUCUACAAACCAGCAAUUUACCAUCUUUUUUGCACCUCAUACAACCAUUGGUUUCUUUCAGACUAGAACUUUCUGAGAUAUCAUUAUCAGAUCCCAUUGUUUCAUCACUUGAUACCUCUAUCACACAACCAUUAACAGUAUGUUCCACAGCUUUGUCAUCAGUAGCAUUUGGUUCUCUCACUUGAGGAACUUCCGUUCUUUUAGACUUUGACUCGCUAAUUACAUUUGGAACUUCAU